UCGCCCUCCUCGCGCCAAGAUCCGCUUCGCAAGGCCUCGGGACAACGCGAAAGGCACGUCGCCACUGGAAUUCAAUUGAACAGCGGACAGCCAUGCCCAGGUCCAGCACGGCGCCGUCCAGUGGUCUAUAUAGCGCCGGCGCGCAUCGAGGGGACGCGCUGGGUUUAGGAUCCUCACCUCCCCCCUCGCCUCUGCAAGCGGAGUCGGAGCCCCUCCUGAUACCAGCGUCACCGCGAAUGAGGCCCGCUUCGUUUCGGCGCGUGUCCUCGCCGCUAAAUCCGGAUACGCCGCCAGCCUCGCUUUCUGCGUCACUUGCUUCGUCCUCGACGCCGCCCACACCAUAUUCGCCGCCCUCGACAUCUCCCCCACCGCCAGGCUCGCCAUUCCGCUCGCGGCCGUCGCUCUCAAAUUUCUCCUAUGUCCCCUCCGAGGAGGCAAGGGUGCUUUCCGGGCAGGGCUCGGCCACGGGUACACCGCGCACGUCGAUGAUACUGUAUCACUUCGCCCUCCCUGAUGGAGAAGCCAGCAGGAAAGGAGAUGCCGCGACGAUGCCACCCCCGCUCAUAGCCCCAACCUCCCCACGAGACUCCCUCGCAUCCCUGACCCGACCUAUAUCCGGGAUCGCCUUCCCUCGACCAGAGUCAGGGACCGGCAGUGACCCCUCCACGACCUCACGCUCCUCUAUGAUAUCCUACUCCUCCGACUCGAAAUACCCCAUGUUAUCCCACUCGUCGGACUCGAAAUACCUCACCAUGACGGGUGGGCUCGUGCCGUACGCCUAUGACCCAGACGACGAUCUGCUUAGCCCGCUCGAGGAAGGCGCCGUGUCGUCGAAGGAAGAUGGCGCCCCUAUACCCACCCGGCGCUUCACCAUCUUCUCUUGGCGCGGCCUCGCUAAUGCCUUCGCCCUCGCGAUCCUAAUGAUGGCCCUCAUCGCGCUCUUUGUCCUAUACCCCGUGCUUGCGUUUAGCCACGAUGGCGAGCGCUCGUGGCGCAUCGCGCAUAAUACGGCGAUCAACGGGACAGGGCAGGCGGCCUAGCCAUCCGCGAGGUCUAUCAGGAGGAGUGGUGAAAGGGAGACAUCGUGGCAGGGGUUGAGAAUAUAACUUACUCGGUCUCAGGAUGACGCGGACAAUUGUGUAUACCCUACUGUAAUAUGGCGACUGAUUCUUCUGCAAGGGAAGGCGAAAGGCCUUUGCGCUCUUCAUCCC